CCUUGUGAGAGAUUAUAUGUGGAUAUUUUUUUUUUAUUCUCCUCCUGUAUUCUUUUAAAACACACCUGUAUCUAAAGUAUUACACCAAAUUGCGAAACAUUGUAGUGUUUUUAUCAACAUGAGUGGAUCAAUAGUGACAAAUAUCACACUAACAAACAGAACAGUGGGUCGAUCACACGUGCUACAAUAAACUUUUUAAAUUAAAGGUUAAAAAUAUAAAAGUGGAAAAACAGUGUGUUUGUCAAUUUUAUUUUAAAAGACGCCAUGGAGGACGACGAAUACGACAUACGUUUAAACUAUAGCUACACUUUCGCCGCCUACUAUGCCGUCAGCCAGAAAAAUUACAAAAAAUUCUGUUCCAUUGUAGACCGUGACGAUUUUGACAUUAACCAAAUCGGGGAGGAUGGUCGCACCCUACUAAUGGACCUAGCCACAGGUCCCAACAGCCACAAAUUCGGUAAAAAGCUGCUCGAAGAUGGCGCUGACGUCCACGUGAAGGACAAAUUCGGCUACAGCUUCUUGCACCUAGCGGCACGUGCCAAAAGAGUCGAUAAUGUGAAACUAGGGCAGUUGGUGAUUGAAACUGGGGCCGAUGUGGAUUGUCAAGACGAUGCUGGCGUGACACCGCUGUAUUUGGCAUGCCAGGAAGGCAACCAGAAAUGGAUUUAUAUGUUGUUGUACUAUGGAGCCAACGCCACUCUGAGUACUAGCGCAGGAGUGACACCUGUGUGUGUUCUGUUUGAACAGUCAAAACAAGAUGAUCAAAAUGUGCUGUGGGACAUUCUAUACGCUCACACUUUUGAUAGUCCGUUGGUUUCAGUUUCGCUUUCUACUCUAGUGGCAGCAAUGUGGAGAGACUCUCCCCUAUUUUUGAGACUCGUCAAAAAUGCCCUCAACGUUAGUUGUGACGAAGACGACGUUGACUAUUUUUGCAAAUACUUGGGUGAUUUUAAAGACAAACACGUCAAACUAUUAUUGGAAAAAUUCGACUAUGUCGUGGAAAAUUUGCUAGAUAUGACUGAUUUGUUCGACGUGGUGCUAAAACAAGUAACUAGUACCAACAAGCAAGAAAUGUUCAAAAUUCUAGACACUCUUUUAUCCAGUAAAAACGUGUCUAAAUUCAUCCAUUCUACAGUUUCAACGUCCACAGUGUCACGCUACUUACAAGAAUUUGCGUCCGCUGAUCUAGAAGACGAAAUCCAGAAACGAAUCUUCGUCAUGCUUUCAUAUGGACUUGACGUUUCUGUAAAAGAUUUAGACACUGUGUAUCGGCAUUACGGUUUUUGCGAUUUAUUCAAAACUAUGCUGCAUAUGGACUUGAUUUCUGUACACGAACAAGACAUUCUUUCGUCCGUGCGGCUAUAUUAUGACUUGAGUUUAAGUAUUGAAGAUUGUUGUGACGAUGUUUUAUCAGUAUCUGACUUACUUUGUUAUUUUAAUCACCCAAAAUUGAAAGAAAUGUGUUUAUCGACGUCCGAAGAUCUAGAACUGAAACGAAAAGUGAGCGAAAUGUGUGAAGUUCCGUUUUUAGUAGAAUUAAGUAGGAACGUUGCAAGGAAAUAUGUGAUAAGUCGGUAUCAAAUCGGUACGUGUAAGCAGUUUCACGCUGUUUUAAACGGACUGCCUAUUGACAGGGUGACUAAGAGCAUUAUAGCUUUAGAAAGAAAAAUAUAUUGAGUUUUACUCACCA